AUGAACAUCAAUAGACUCACCAUGGAGUGCAAUAAAUCCCAAAACCUAUACCCUAUAAAAGAUUUUGUCGAACGUAACUGGUACACAAAGUAUAGGACAGCUCUCAGAUCUCACCAGCUUUUUUGGAUUGAACAAUUAAUUAGCUCAUAUAUGACUAAACAACUAGAAUGGCAGCAGCACAUUCACUACUUCAACCCUGAACCCACUAAUCCAGAUCGAGCCGAACAAUCCAGAACAAACACAACACUCCUGGUAUAUCACAUAGUUCAAAAAUCAACAAAUCUUGGUCAAACGUAUAA